GAAGUUUCUAGUACUUCCGUCACUAAUACUGUACGAUAUAUAUUCUAUCCCUUGCUCCAAGCCAUUCAUCAUUUUCACUUUCGAACAAUCAAAGAACAAGACGAGAGAGCUCUCGAAUUACCACGAACGCAUUCAAAUGGAUUCGAACAAGAUCGAGAUCGAGAACAGUGAUAGAGAACUGAAACGCCUAGGGUUUGUGAGGAUGAUUGCGAUCAACGCUCUUUUUUGCGUCUCGAAUCUCUACGAAUACGCGAAGCAGAACUCUGGUCCUUUGAAAUCGACUGUCGGGACGGUGGAGAGUGCUGUGACUACUGUCGUUGGGCCUGUUUACGAGAAAUUCAAGGGUGUACCUAGUGAUCUCCUUGUUUUCCUUGAUGAGAAGGCAGAUGAAGCAGCAAACAAGUUUGACGAGCGUGCUCCACCUUCUGCCAAGAUGGUUGUUGACAAAGCCCAGUCUAUGGUCCAGAAUGCAUCACACGUAGCCCAAACCUUAGUCCAGGAGGCCCAAGUUGGUGGCCCGUCUGCUGCCAUUCACUAUGUUGGCACUGUAUAUGUUAGUUUGUUCUUGAGCAUUUUGGCGAGGUUUUGGUACGUAACCAAUCAGUUUCCAGUGCUCCACGUGAUGGCACAGAUGGCUAUUCCCCGCAUUGCUCACUGGUCAGAAAAGUAUAACAAAAGGAUCGGAGAAUUGUCUUCCAAGGGUUAUACUUGCUUCAGCUACUUUCCUCAAGUUCCUGUAGAUGAGAUAGCCAAGGCAUAUAAGCAGGUUGAAGCGGAGAAAGGUCCAGCUUGUGCUCCAUGCGCUGCCGAAAAAGAAACAGAGAUGUAAUAAGAGGCAAGUGCACCAUGUUUGGUUUGGUUGGCUUUGAAUGGUAGUAGUUUGGUAUGAGAGUUUCCUAGUAAUGUGAUGUGUGGAAAAAGUUUGCCUGGUAGUAAUGUGCAUAUUGACUAUUGUUGGACCUCCUGUAUUUCUCUUGAUACCUGGAGUGUAAAUGUAAAUGACCAGAAUUUCCUGAGUUAAAUAUCAAACUUUCUCCGUAGGUAGUAGAGCAUAUUCCUCUGCUUGUAGAUUGUAUUUCAUUCACGUUGCUCAAUAAUUGGUAUUUGUACGGACAGGGAAAUUUAAAUUGUGUUUAGAUUAUAGAAUUCGGCAUACCCA